CGACUGUCUCCUUCGUUUGCCAUAUCUUGUGUUUCUUUGGCCCACAGUAUCGUCGUUCAACUCCUUCCAAGAUGGCGCUUCUGUCUGACAAGCUUCAAGAGUUUACCAUCAAGGCAGCCAAUCAAAGCCAAAUCGAACUGCACGCUAAGGCUUCUUAUGUGAUUUGGCCUAGAGCUCAAAGCUUCGAGGAGUAUUGGGAGGUAUAUAAGACGGAGCGAAGGGAAGCACCAUGGGGUAAAGAUGCAUUCCAAACUUGGGUUCUUGUGCACAGGGAUGACCCAGAAGGUGAGGUCUAUGCUGCAUGUAAAACGUAUCGACGAAAGGCGUUUGUCAAACAUCGAGGAGCCGAUGAUAUCGAAGAUGGAUAUGUGUAUGGUAUUGCCUCGGUAGUGACUCCAAAGCAACAUCUUCGCAACGGUUACGCGACUCGCCUCUUGAGCCUUCUGCAUCGAUAUCUCGGUCCUGAGAACACACUCCCUCCUGUACCAGAAUCAUGGGGCAAAGACCAGCCCUAUAUUCAACUUCCCCCUGAUAUCGCACCUAAAAUACCGAAAGCCUUAGGAUCCAUACUCUGGUCAGACGUCGGAUCGACCUUUUAUUCGCGCUGUCUGAGUGGUCAAGGUCGACAGGGAUGGAUCGUAGACGAUGCCUUGAACGGAGAGCUUGUGUGGAAGAUCUUGCCCAGCGCCGAUCCUGUAGAAGAAGUGUAUACCUGGAUUUAUCAAGAAGGACUUGUUUCAGUUGGCCAGGAAUUGUCUGUGCGUGCUCAGAACGAACUUAGGAAAUCAGAUACUACGGAGAGGUCCAUCUUCUUGCAAGACCCUGCAAACCCUGGGACCCUCUUCUUCCUUCCGGUGAAAAGCACAUGGUUGAACCCCGAAUUCAAGUCUCUUCCUGUGGGACUUCGCAUCAAGGCAUCAUCCGGUAACUCUACAGAAGAUGCUAUCGUCCUAUUCACCGUAUCCAAUCGUUCCAUCAGGAAACGCUUUCUCAUAACCUUAAUAUCCAAUCUUGCCCCUUUGCAACUCCCAUCUGUCCUGAAAGCAUUCGACAUUCUCGCCGCCAAAGUCGGACACGAAGAAGGAUGUGCUUGGGGCCUUGAGGCGGAGAGUGAGCUGGUGAAAGCUUGGAAGGCGCUUUCGGAGAGAGAGGCUAGGGUGGGGAGAAGGGAGGAGGUUGAUGGGCAUCUAUUGGGUGUCGCUUGGUAUGGUCCGGAAGAAGACAGGGGUAUGCUGGGAGACGGGCAGAUGUGGAGCUGGUGUUAGAGCAAUUGAUUCUAUUAUAUGUAAUACGAGUGCAUGUUUAUGGGUAAAAGCGUUGAUUGGUUUUUCGUAUCUUUUG